AUGGCUGAUAUCAAUGAUCGAUCCCGUAUUUCAGUGUCUCCCUUUGGAGACCCAGUCCCUGUGAGCACUGCAGAGUUUCGAGCAGUCAGUCAUGAGCGGACAAUGCCCGAUGAAGGUAUCAUCAUGUUAGAUCCGUCGGCGGUCUAUACCACUCCACCCAUGCAGGAGGCCAGCCACACCUUCCAGCCCACCGAGAGACUGCAGAUCGUCAUCGACCUCACCUGCGAUGAUGAGACUAAUCAAGACAUUGAGGAAUUGACCUCUGGAAUAACACACGUUGGGGCUGCCUCCGUCAUUGACGCCGGCGACGACUCAGCGAGUGACCGGUCUUCCUCUGGCAACUCAUCUCUCAUCAGCAACCAGUCCGCCAGCUGCAGCCCAAUACCGCAGACAGUGCAGCAAGAAAUAGACAUUGGGGGUGUUGUGUUCAAACCCGGAAUAUCUCUGGAGCUUGAUGACGGCUCCUUCCUGCGUGUCGAGGACAUGAUUCCUCAGCCGCAUGAUCUGCUUUUUUUCGGACGGCAUCUUUACCGCACCACGCACCCCGAAGCCAAGACAUAUUUGCCAAAACUUAACAAUGAAUUGGUCUGGCUCACUCAGAAGACCGACCUUAUCAGCAUCAAGAAAGUUAGGCGGGUUGUGUCCAUCCGCUUCACCAACUAUCGGACUGACUUCAAUAACCUCACACCGGGAGAUGAACUGAUUUGUCGACUGAAGCUCACCAUUCGCCAGAACGGAGUUGUCAUUAUUCCUGGUAAUGCACCUUUAAGUGCAGAGCAGUGUGCCAUUGAAUGGUUGACCUUUGUCGAAUCAGACCUAGGACUUGGAAAGCGCGCGAACCAGCUGCGUGCGGAAUGGAGAGGCCACACUGUGCCUUUCGGCGAGGCUAGGGUGUCUUCCAUGGCCAGGGAUCUCGAACGACAGGGCGUGAUUGAUUUGACCGUCCCUGAUCGUGCAUACACCUUUGGUGACGCAUACUGCGGUGCUGGUGGUGUGUCUUGCGGGGCUAAGCAAGCCGGCGUCAAGCUCCAAUGGGCCGUGGAUAUCGAUAAGCAUGCACUAGAAACCUAUCAGCUGAAUUUUGACGAUGUAGAGGUCGAGCAUUCCGACUUUUUCAGUUUUCUUACCAACGAUCCGAAAUUCCUGCGAGUGGAUAUUGCACAUUGCUCACCUCCGUGUCAAACCUGGUCUCCUGCUCAUACUGUGCCCUGUCCUCGCGAUGACGCCAACUCGGCGUGCGUAUUUUCGGCUGGAAGUCUGAUUCGGGAGUCCCGUCCCCGGGUGUUGACCAUGGAGGAAACCAUGGGGUUACCGCAACGAUUCCCCGUUAUCUUCAAUCGAGUUGUCCUGGACAUGGUUGAAUUUGGAUAUUCCGUUCGCUGGUCGGUGCUGGGCUGUGAUGAAUAUGGAGUGCCUCAGGAGCGCAAGAGACUGCUUCUCAUUGCUGCGGGACCCGGUGAAGCUCUACCACAUUAUGCGCAACCCACUCACGGCAUGCCUGGUCACGGUUUACGUCCUCGUGAGACCAUUUCGUCCACGAUUGACAACAUUCCUCCCGAUGCCGACGACCACAACGUUGAAGCGGCACUGGUGCGUUGGGCUUUGAGCCACCGACCGUCUUUUGAUCGCCAUUCUCUAGCCAGGACAAUUACUUGCGGAGGUGGCGAAUACAACUACCACCCCUCGGGUACCCGGCCCUAUACCAGUCGUGAGAUGGCCCUGUUGCAGACAUUUCCCCUGGACUUCCAGUUUGCUGGGAGAUUCAUGCGCAAGCAGAUUGGGAAUGCCGUGCCCCCGCUCUUUGCCAAAGCUAUCUAUGGAGAAAUCGUCAAGUCUCUGUAUAAGACUGAUACAGAAGAGGCCAUGGGAAUAUUCCACUGA